GAGCCGCUGAGUGGCGUCCGCGAUGGUCGCUCCUUUGGAACUCUCCGCGCGCUAGAGAAGCGCCCGCUCUGUCGAAGCGCCUGGCUGGACGGUCGGGGAAAGCGCCGCCGCCGCCGCCGGUCCUUCGCUUGGGAGCAGUUCCGCUUCUUCUUCUGCUGCUGCUGCUGCUGCGUCUUCCUCUUCCUUGCCAUGCCGGCGACGGCUCCACCGGGCGUUGAGCCGAGCGCAGGAGCGCCGGCGUCGUCGGGGGAGGCGAAGCCCGUGUCUCCGGUCCUCCGGCACCUGGGCUCCUUCGCGGCGCGCGCGCUGCUGUGCCUCGCGCCGGUGUACCUGGCCGGCUACGUGGGGCUCAGCUCGAGCUGGGUGCUCAUCGGCUUGCUGCUGUGGAUGUGGUGGCGGAGGAACCGGCGCGAGAAGCGCUCCAGGCUGCUGGCAGCCUUCGGGCUCGUCGAGGAUGAGAAGCAAGCCAUCAGCCAGGGCAUCGCCUUGCAGCAGCUGCCGGCCUGGGUUCACUUCCCUGAUGUUGAACGGGUGGAAUGGCUGAACAAGGUCCUUGAACAGGCCUGGCCAUACUUUGGGACCAUCAUGGAAAAAACAUUUAAGGAAGUCCUUGAACCAAAAAUCAGAGCAAAGAACGUGCACUUGAAAACAUGUACAUUCACUAAAAUCCAGUUUGGAGACAAGUGCCCUAAAAUCAAAGGAGUAAAGGCCUAUACCAAAGAAGUCGAUAGAAGACAAGUGAUCCUGGACUUGCAAAUAUGUUAUAUAGGUGACUGUGAAAUUCACAUGGAAUUGUCCAAGUUCAAAGUAGGAAUGAAAGGAAUACAGUUGUAUGGGACGUUGCGAGUGAUACUGGAGCCCCUGCUGACAGAUCCACCUUUCAUUGGUGCUGUAACCUUGUUUUUCAUCCAGAAACCUCAUUUGGAAAUCAGUUGGGCAGGACUGACCAACCUGUUAGAUGCUCCAGGCAUUAGUUCAUUUUCAGAUACCUUGAUUCAAGAUCUCAUUGCUGCCCGGUUGGUGUUGCCAAACAGAAUCACCAUCCCACUGAAAAAGAACAUUGACAUUUCUCGCUUGAAGUUCCCUAUUCCAUGCGGAGUAAUAAGAGUAUACCUACUAGAAGCUGAAAACCUUGUCCAAAUGGACAAUUUCCUUGGGAAGUCGGACCCUUACGCUCUUCUGAGGGUUGGUCAGGUGCAAUUCCGAAGCAAGACAGUGCACAGGAACCUGAACCCCAUCUGGAAUGAAAUGUUUGAGUUUGUUGUUCAUGAGAUACCUGGUCAGGAUCUAGAGGUAGACCUGUAUGAUGAAGAUCCCGAUAAAGAUGACUUUCUGGGCAGCCUGUUUAUAAACCUUGCAGAUGUGAUGAAAGACAGAGUUGUCGAUGAGUGGUUCCCCUUAAGCAAGAUUGCAAGUGGACAUGUGCAUUUAAAGGUUGAGUGGUUUUCUCUGGUCACCAAUCAAGAGAAACUUUGCGAGGACAAGAAUGGUUUUGCCACAGCAAUUCUCAUUGUGUAUUUGGACAGGGCUUUCAAUCUUCCUAAAAAUCAGUUUGAAUAUUACAAUGGUGACUGUGGAGCAAAGAAAUAUAGAAAAGACAGAUACCUCAAGAAGAUGGAACGCGAACCUUCUUCCUUUGUCCUACUCACAGUGGGCAACAAAACUCAUAGAAGCAAGACCUGUAAUUUCACCAAGGAUCCUGCGUGGGGCCAGGCCUUCACAUUCUUCGUCCACAGCGCUCCAUCGCAGUCUCUUCAUCUGGAGAUAAAAGAUAAGGACCGGGAGAAUGCCCUGGGGACCUUUGUGUUAUCUCUUGGCAACUUACUAAAAAAUCCUGAUAUGACACUUGAACAAAACUUUCCACUGGAUCAUUCUGGUGUGGACAGCUCUAUUAAGCUGAAAGUUGUGUUGAGGGCUUUGGACAUACAGCAGCAUGAUCCAGAAAGUACCUAUACUGGGGUUAAUGCCUCGAAGCAAGCUCCCACCCCUGCCACUGAGCAGGACGAACCCAAAGGCAAGACACAUUUGCCGCCUCCUCCUCCUCCACCACCACCUCCACCAAAAGUAGAAGUUCCCAAAGCACCCCAGGAGAGGAGCAAAGACUUAGGCCUGCCUGACCCCCAAGGUGACCGACGCGAGAGCAAUGCUAACCUUAAUGUAAAUGAGAAAUUGGCAGGGCCCAUUGUGAUAGAGGCAGUGGCUGGAAUUAAUGAGCAAGCCGGCACAGGUGGCUUGCGCCCCAAAUCCUUGACACCUCCGCAGACCAUCCCAGCACGCCCUACACGGCCGGCCCUGCAGAGACUCCAGGUUGCCCCCAGCAUUGCGUCUCUGGGCUCAAUAUCCGCUUCAAACUUUGAUGUAACUUGCAGCAAUCUGGAUCUCAAUAAUGGGACACUUUAUGAUGGAAUGCCCCUGGGAGAGAUUCACCUCACUGUGCGCUAUGCAUCCCUACGGCAGUCUCUUAUCGUGCUGGUCAAUGCAUGCAGGAAUUUAACACCCUGCUCUCAGCAAGGGGCACAUCCCUAUGUCCGCAUCUACUUACUCCCAGACAAAAGAUGGGUAAUGCGAAGAAGAACUACUGUCAAGAAAAGAACUCUGAAUCCUCACUACGAUGAAAAGUUUGAAUUUUUUGACACUCUGGAAGACGUCAAGAAACGAGCCUUAGACAUUGCAGUGAAAAACAGACGGCCAUUUAUUUCACAUGAAAGGAAGGAGCUUGGAAAGGUGCUGAUUGACUUGUCAAAGGAAGACUUAGUCAGGGGCUUCUCCCAAUGGUAUCAGCUGACAAGAAAUGGACAGCCUGGACAGCCCCAAAGUUGAUAGCUGAAGCAAGUGUACAUAUGUAUAUUUUGAACUUUUUAAGGCUGCUGCAAAAUAGUUUCGUAAUUUUUUAUUUAUCUUUGUUUAAUAC